AUGAAUGAUAGUGAAGGUUGCACUGCUGAUCUGAUCUCUGGAAAGGACAAUGGUCAGAUGAAUGAUUGUGAAGGUGGAACUGCUGAUCAGCCUUCCACCAAUAUCCAACAAAUUGGUGGAACUUCAACCAAUUCACCAUGUAAGUCAACAACACGACUUCAACAAGUAUCAACCAGAAAGCCGACAAGCAGCAAUCGUCUUACUACUCCUCAGACAAGCAGCAGUCGUCCUACUACUCCUCAGACAAGCAGCAGUCGUAAUACUACUCCUCAGACAAGCAGCAGCCGUCCUACUACUCCUCAGACAAGCAGCAGUCGUCCUACUACUCCUCAGACAAGCAGUAGUCAUCCUACUACUCCUCAGACAAGCAGCAGUCAUCCUACUACUCCUCAGACAAGCAGCAGUCAUCCUCCUACUCCUCAGACAAGCAGCAGUCAUCCUUCUACUCCUCAGACAACCUAUACAACAACAUUUAUAACAUUAUUGACAAAUUACUAUUGA